UCUCUUUAAAAUUAUAUAAUUAAAAUGUUUGGUUGCUAAGUUCGAUCCCCACAAAUUAUUCUGUUUUCUAGCACCGAAAUACAAAGACUUUGCACCCACCAUGUAUCCAACCCUUUUAAGUACCCUUUUCAUUCACCUUCAUAGAGUGUAAGUCAAUUCUCCCUUCAUCUUCCAACCAAAAAAAUAUCUUCAUCAGUUUCCCCAUCUAAACAAAAUUCAAUGAAAAAAAUCAAUCUCAUACUUCGAAAAUGCAAGAGCUUGUCGAGACAACUAGGCAGGUCAUCCUCUUAUAGCAGCCUGAGAUCGAAGUCGGCUAGGGAAGAUCAUCAUUGCCACGUGUGGGGUCAUAUGAGAAGAAGAAGAAGAAACAACAACAACGAUGGUGGUAACGAUGAAGGUCAAGAAUGCCAAACGAUAUACGUUGGGAGUACAAGAAAACGGUACGUGAUCAAUUCGAAGUACCUUAAACAUCCGUUGUUGAAUGCUUUGAUAGAGAAGCAUGGAGGGGAAGAUCACAUUUUGUUGGUUAAAUGUGAGGUGGUUUUGUUUGAUCAUCUUUUGUGGUUACUUGAGAAUUCUGAUCCAAAUCUCAUCUUGGAUUCCUUGGAGGAAUUGACUAACCUCUAUGUGUUUUGAAUAUAUAUAUAUAUAUAUAUAUAUAUGAUGUUGAUCUUGUUUUCUAAGGCUAAAAACAUGAUCAAGUAUUCAUGUAAGGUUGUGAUGAU